CUUUUCACUGUUAAAUGAAAUUGGAAAGGAAUGGCUUGUGAUAUUGGCAAUGUCAAUGUCUCUCUCUUCUCAGUCUUUGUCUCACCCUCCAAAAAUUUCCCUCUCUGUUUUGAGCAGUUAAGCUGCCUCAUCAAUCUCACUCACCAAAAACCCAUAAACAAUCAUUAAUCUUCCCUCUCUUGUUUUCAUCAAAACCCCCAUUUCUCAAUUUCUUCCACACCCUUUUGAUUCUUUCUCCAGCUCUGUAACUCUGUCAAUGCUCUAGACACAAUUGUUUUCCUCAAUGUGCCUUGAUUUUUAGAGAAAAAAUGCCACUUUCGAGGAAUGUAUACGGUAUGAGCCAAACCGAUGUGUAUAGAAAUGUCGAUCGUGAAGACCCCAAGGCAGUUCUUAAUGGUGUUGCAGUUACUGGAAUUGUUGGGAUCUUGCGUCAGCUUGGUGAUCUCGCUGAGUUUGCAGCUGAGAUAUUCCAUGGCAUACAGGAGGAAGUCAUGGCUACAGCUUCAAGAAGCAAUCAAUUAAAGAUUAGAUUGCAGCAUAUAGAAGCUACAGUGUCUCCACUAGAAAAGGCGAUGCUUGGACAAACAACUCACAUACAUUUUGCUUACACAGGAGGUUUGGAGUGGCAUCCUCGUAUUCCAAUUACGCAAAAUCACUUAAUUUACGACGACUUGCCUCACAUUAUUAUGGAAUCCUAUGAAGAGUGCAAGGAUCCCCCACGAUUGCACUGGCUUGAUAAAUUUGAUAUAAAUGGUCCUGGUUCUUGCAUGAAGCGGUAUUCUGAUCCUACUUAUUUCAGAAGAGCAUCAAGCAACCUGAUUCAAGGAAACAAGAAUGUACAGAAAGAUAAAAAGCACUAUAAAAUGAAGAAGAAAAAACCUUCAUCAAGGAGUCGAGAUAUGUCACGUUUAGCCUCCAUUGCUAACCAGAAUGCCAGGAAGACAUUUACUUCUUUUAGCUUCAGUGGAAAAACCUCUUCUACCAAAACCACCUCAACCAGUGACAUGGAAAAAAGAUCUGAUUUUCAAGAUCAUCAUUCUCGCUCUUUUGAGUCCAGAAGUGGUUCAGGCUACAUCGAAUGCCUUUCAACCGCAACCUCUUCAUUGAAGACUAAAGAAAUACCGAAAGGGGAAUUAGUUUCAUCCAGUUUGAUACCGGGCUCUUGCACUAUAGCUUCAGUCCUUUCUGAAUGUGAAACCGAAGAUGCACAUGAUAAUUUCCAGUUUAGCCCUUCACAAGGGCAAGCUGCUCGUGGCUCUUCUUGCGUUAGUUGGGAUGAGAAAGUGGAGAUAGUGGAAUCUCUUGGUUUGCAGACAGAUGAAGCUUGUGAAAAGAUGGAGGCGAGCUCUGUUGUGGAUGAACUAGAAGAGAAACCAAGCUACAGAGAAGGGACUGGUAGAGUUGAUAUUCGUUCUAAGGACCUUGAAAAUGAUGAAUCAGAAUUAGGACUUCAAAAUCGUACUGGGAUGGAUGAGAUAAGAGAGAAAAAAAUUGGUCGGAAUAUUGUGGGGGAAAAACUGAGGGAUACUGAACAUGAGACUGAAAGCGAAGGGGAGUGUUUUGUUGAUGCGCUUAAUACUAUUGAAUUGGAAUCUGAGAAUGAUCUAGGGCUCCAAACUAGGCAAGAAGUAGUGAGCAGUUCAUGUGGUGUUGUAGCUGAGAGUUUGGAAAAGUCAUUGUGUGAUCAAGAAAUAGAACAAAAUUCCAACAGUGCCAAAGAUUUUUGUAGAGCAGAUGGGUAUGUGGACUACGAUUUUAAAGAUGAAGAGAAUGCAUCAUUGGCAAAUGAAUCUGAUAAAAUGAAUCGUCAAGACCCACAAGUAGGGUUAGAUAUCAACCGCUUCCAUCAAAAUGAUCUUUGUGCAAAGAAGGGUACACGUAACAAUUCUGUUGGAGAAGAUAGCAUCACAUUUACAUUUGUGCCUGGUCUUGAGAACAGUUUAGUUGAUUCAUCGAACCCCUUGAUCCAUCAUAGCUUACAGGAAAACCGAGAAUCAGAAGCUGGAACUUCUAGUGAUCUCGAAGCAUUUAGAAUAUGGACUAAUGGGGGUUUGUUGGGACUGAAGCCAUCAAAACCUCCAGUCUUGGCUGUGCCAAGUUCUUUCAAUCCAGAUUGCAAGACCAAGGAAAGAACAUCUGCUUCUGCAGAAGCUGAAAAAGAUAAAUCAGAUGAUCUAGAUUCACAUAGACAUGUUCUCCAAAAAUCAAGCUUAGCAAUUCCAGGAACCCAAAAUCAGACCUGUUCAGAUGGCAAAGCCAUGAAUGUUGUAGACCAAAGAGAGUGCGACGAGACUUUUUCCGGAGUUAUUGACAAGUUACUCACCAAUGGUUUCCGCAGAAAGGAUUCAUUUACCCUUGAUAAAAAGACUGUGCCAGCAACGAUUCCAGAGAAUGAUGAAGUGAAUACAGAGAAGAGGUUCAGUGACCAAGACUUUAAUGAGAAAACCUUAAUGGACUCGUUCAGAGACGAAGCUUCUAUUGAUUGGAGUACUUCUUCCCCGCCUCUUCAACACAUGAAAAUAUCUCUCAGUCCCACUGACACCCUUCAGACUUCCAGACUGAAGCUGAAAUUUUCAGAUGGGGACAGCAACUAUAAUACGUUCUCUUCGUUUCAGUUGCUUCCAGAGGCUGCUACUUUCUUUUCUGAUUCUAAUUCAGACGAUGAAACUUUUUGUAAAUCCUCUCCUAACAUGUCAGAUACCGAUUAUCGUAGCGAUAAUCACUCCUUAUCGAAUUCCGAGCAGUGGGAAGAAUCUAGUGACAGCCAUGAAAGAAAUGAGCACGAGCUAUAUGAUUCUUUCCAUGAGAUUAGGCAUGUUGACAACAAUGCUGAAGGUUCUCCUCUAGAGAUUAAAUCAGAAAGUGGUAAUAUCUCUGUAAACCUCUCAUACCUCCAAAAUCCUGCUGAUCCCUUACCACCGCCAUUUCCACCUGUACAAUGGAUGGUUUCAAAGACACCUUCAGACAAAACUGAAGACAAAACACAAUCCCUACAACUACAAGACGCUCUAAGGUUCGCCUUUGAGAAGCAUAUUUCAUUGCCUACAGUCGACAAAGAACUGCCUAGCAUGGUGACUUCUGCUCCUAAACCAGAAAUUAAGGUCCAUCUAAAGAAUAAUGUCAGGCAGGGGAAACAAAGUGCCAACGCAGAGGAGACCGAAACUGGAGACUUCUUACAACAAAUCCGAACACAGCAAUUCAACCUGAGACCUGUGGUCAUGACAACGACGUCAUCGGCAACCGGAACAACUGACCCUAUCAUAAACACUAAGAUCAGCGCGAUUUUGGAGAAAGCAAACUCAAUACGCCAGGCUGUAGCUAGCAAAGAUGGAGAUGAAAGCGAUACAUGGAGCGAUACAUAAAAUCCCUUUAGAUUAAAGAUUCCAAUUCAUCUUUGUAAGCUCUACUCUCUAACGACAUAGAUACAGAAAAGGGUUUAAGCUAGUCCUGCAAGCAAUUUUUUUAUUGUAUCAUAUCUAAUGUGUGGUGUGUACAUGGUACGUAAAUUUUGUCGUGUGUGAUCUACUGAUCUGUAUCUUCAAAAUAAGGAAGUUCUAGAAAUAAAAAUAAGAGUGAAAGCUAUUAUGCUCA